UCUGGUAGCGUUUCUGAGCUCUUGCUUUUGAUUUCCUGCGGAAGAACUUGAGAUGGCUCGUACAAAGCAAACUGCCCGUAAAUCAACGGGAGGAAAGGCUCCUAGGAAGCAGCUGGCCACUAAGGCUGCUCGUAAGUCGGCCCCAACCACCGGAGGAGUCAAGAAACCUCACAGAUAUCGCCCUGGAACUGUUGCUCUUCGUGAAAUCAGGAAGUACCAGAAGAGCACUGAACUUCUGAUUAGGAAACUGCCCUUCCAGAGGCUUGUUCGUGAAAUAGCCCAAGAUUUCAAGACUGAUCUUCGUUUUCAGAGCCACGCCGUCUUGGCGUUGCAGGAGGCUGCUGAAGCUUACUUGGUGGGGCUAUUUGAAGAUACUAACCUUUGUGCCAUUCAUGCUAAGCGAGUUACAAUAAUGCCCAAGGACAUUCAAUUGGCCAGGAGGAUUCGUGGUGAGAGGGCAUAGUCGGUUUCAGUUCUGAAGAACUCUUAUGCUGAUCGUUGAUGGUAGAUUACAUAGUGCUAUUUUGGU